AAAGACCUCUCUUUUCACAAUUAUCACAAAUCUGUACAGAGAGAGAGAGAAUCUGCUUUGUUUUGUUUUGUGUGGUUUGGAGAAUUGGGUGAUCAUCCAUUUCUAUAGAUGACAACUGCAUUGUCUUCUGUUUAUGCAGUUUGCAGUGAUGCUGCUGGAGUUGCAGGAAACCUCUUGGCUUUUGGGUUGUUUUUAUCACCAAUACCAACAUUCAGGAGAAUUAUAAGAAACCAUUCAACAGAACAGUUCUCAGGAUUGCCUUAUAUUUACUCAUUUCUGAACUGUUUGAUAUGUCUUUGGUAUGGAACACCUAUAAUAUCACCUGGUGUUAUAUUGGUUGCCACAGUCAACUCAAUUGGGGCUGUUUUCCAAUUUCUCUACAUAAUCAUUUUCAUCUUCUAUGCUGAAAGAGUAAAAAAGCUAAAGAUGACAGGAUUGCUAAUAGCGAUUUUUGCCCUAUUCGCGAUCAUAGUAUUUGUUAGCGUUAAAGUUUUAGAUUCCGGUGUUCGGCAAGCCUUUGUUGGAUACUUGAGUGUUGCUUCACUCAUUUCCAUGUUUGCUUCGCCAUUGUUCAUCAUUAAAUUGGUGAUCAAAACAAGGAGUGUUGAAUUCAUGCCCUUCUAUCUAUCCCUCUCAACUUUCUUGAUGAGUCUCUCUUUCUUUGCUUAUGGAAUGUUGAAGUACGACGGUUUCAUAUAUGUUCCAAAUGGAAUUGGAUCAAUCUUGGGGCUUGUCCAGUUAGCCUUAUACUACUAUUUUAGCGGUACUUCUUCAGAAGACUCGAGAGAACCCUUAAUCGACAUGUAUGCGUGAAUAAAUUCCUUCACAACACGCAUCAAAGUCUAUAGCAUGCUCAAUCUCUUCUUUUAUUUGUCUAAAGGAAAAAUUGGCAAACAAUGUUUACAAUAAGACAAUGACAUCUAAAUAAUGCGUCUCGACGAUCUGUCGUGUUCUAUUCCGAAGUAGCAAGAAAGCGCAAAACUAAGAAAGCAGCAUCAGACAUUCAGAAAAUGUCUGCUUGUAAUUCUUCUGAUAUGUCUAGAGAAAAUUCACACUCAGAAAAUGUCUGCUUGUAGUUCUUCUGAUGUGUCUAGAGGAAAUUCCUUGUCCUGCUCAAAGAAGAGUUAGACAUCCUCAGUUAUGGAAAAGAAAAUGGACAACCUUGUUCAUUUGGUGCAUUUUCAGUCCACAAUAAACAAAAUGAUAAGAGAAAAAACUAUGCUAUGAAUAUGAAAUUUUGUAAUGUUGCAAAAUUAUGUAGUUUACAAGCCACAAGAGACAACUUCCACUAUGCCACUACAUUAUCCACUGUGGAGUUUGGCAACUUUGCUGUAUAAGUUACAAAAUGUUUUUUACAACGUGUUAUAGCUCAAACUCAAACUAUAUGAAGAUUUU